AUGAAUACAUUUGGCUAUCGUUGGAUACGUAGCCCAUACAAUGAUAUAUUCACACGGGCUUUUCCAUUUUCCAUCUUUCCUAUGGCUUUGAACACAGCAUAAUACAUGUCUUCACGUCCACUUGAAACAUUUUCGUCUCGAGUGAUUCAUGUUUUCCCGCAUGCAGUUAGGCAACAACAGUCUGUGCCCAUAAGAAAGAAAGGCGCAUUUCCUAGUCUUAAGCUUAGACAUGCCCGAUACUGGAUCGAGUGAAGCUGGUUCUAAGGUUUUGGACCCACAACAUUCACAGAAACUCCUCAGGGUGCUUCGUACCUUCUGGCAAGAGAAAAGUUUCCACGAUGCGCUGCUGGUGGUGGAUGGAGAGGAGCUCCCUGUCCAGAAAAACAUCCUGGCCGCAGCCAGCCCUUAUAUCAGGACCAAGCUGAACUACAAUCCUCCAAAGGAAGAUGGGUCAAUAUACAGGAUUGAGCUGCAGGGGGUCUCCAUGUCCAUCAUGAAACAGAUCCUGGACUACAUCUUCAGUGGUGAAAUCACUUUGAGUGAAGAGACCAUCCAGGACAUGGUGCAGGCAUCUGACCUGCUCCUCAUGAUUGACCUCAAGUCCCUGUGCUGCCAGUUCCUGGAAAGCUGCAUCACAGCAGAGAACUGUAUCGGCAUCCGACUCUUCUCUCUGCACUACUGCCUUAACCACGUUCACUACGCUGCCACCGAGUUCCUGCAGACGCAUUUCCGCGAUGUGGCGCUCACAGAGGAGUUCAGGGAGAUGCCUCCGGACCGGCUCUGCGAGGUGCUGGCCAUGGAGAAGCUGAACGUGGGCAACGAAAAGCACGUGCUGGAGGCUGUGGUGCGAUGGUUUGCACAUGACCCGGAGGAUCGCAGGGUGCACAUGAAGGAGGUGAUGUCUGCAGUGUGGCUGCAGGGUCUGGACGUGAGCUACCUGAGAGAGCAGGCCAUGGGGGAGCCCCUGAUGAGGGAGGUGAUCAGGGAGCACUGUCAGCAGGUGCUGGGGGAUAGUCAGCCGCAGGGCGAGGCCAUGCUCGCCGCUUUCAAACCUCGAGGUUACUCUGAGUGUAUUGUUAUUGCCGGAGGAGAGGAUCGCAAAAGCAGGAAGCCGACCGCUGUGACGCGCUGCAUGUGUCCGCUGUACGACACCAACAGACAGGCCUGGAUCGAGCUCCAGCCAAUGAGCAUCGCCCGCCUGGGCCACGGGGUGGUCGCUGCCGAGGGUUUUCUGUUUGUGAUGGGGGGAACAGAUGAACACAAUACAGUCCUGGACAGUGGAGAGAAAUAUGACCCUGACUCCAACAGCUGGAGCCCCAUACCCCCACUGCUACAGGCGCGUCAGAACUUUGGCGUGGUGGAGCUCGAUGGUCUCAUCUAUGUUCUCGGAGGAGAGAAUGAAGAAACAGAGCUCAUCACUGUUGAAGUUUUUGACCCUCAUCUCAAUACCUGGAAGUUGCAGACCAGCAUGACCAUGAUCCGCAAGGUCGGCUGCUAUGCCUCCAUGAAUAAGAAGAUCUAUGCCAUGGGUGGGGGCUCCUACGGGAAGCUGUUUGACUCUGUUGAAUGCUUUGACCCCAAAACCCAGCAGUGGACGGGCCUCUGUCCUCUGAAAGAGAGAAGAUUCGGGUCGGUGGCGUGUGGCGUCGGCCAGGAGCUCUACGUGUUCGGCGGGGUGAGAAGCCAAGAGAACGACAACCCAGAGCAACGACACAUGAUGACCUGCAAGUCUGAGUUCUACCAUGACGAGAUGAGGAGGUGGAUGUUCCUGGACGACCAAAGCUUGUGUAUCCAGACCAGCUCAUCAUUCGUUUACGGCGCCGUGGCGAUUGGAGCUAGCAUCUAUGUGGUGGGAGACCUGGACACAGGUACGAGCUUCGACUACAUCCGCGAGUUUCGCCGCAGCACCGGGACAUGGCAUCGCACCAAGCCCAUGUUACCCACUGACCUCUCCAAAACAACCUGCACCGCCCUGCGCAUCGCCAACUGUCGACUCUUCCGCCUUCAGCUGAGCCAGGGCAUGUUCCGAAUCAGAGUCUGACCCGCUGCGUCGGCUCUGUACUCCUUCACUUUUCCACACUGGUACUUUCUACGCACCGUAGGUCUGGGAUCUGGGAAUUUCUGAACACUAAAAUAUUAUAGUCACUAGAUGUUGAGGAUUGUGAUUCUAUAUUGUACGGUUUAACACUGAAGACUGUUCUGCUGAAUCUAUGCUGUACGACUUGAUGGGACAGGAAGUUCAUCUUAAACACUUUUUAAUAUUAUAGGUUUUAUGGCAAAUUUUCUAUUAACUAGUUUUCUUUUUAACGUGGGUUUUGAUCUUUUUUUUUUUUUUUUUUUUUUUUUUGCCCUUUUAUUUCAGCGGACAUUCCUCAUUUUUAAUGUUUACUGGUGAUCUGCUGCCUGGUGAGGGAAUUCAACAACACUUGACCAUAUUGUAAUAUGAGAAAUUAUGACGCACAUUUUAGAGGAAACAUUUUAAAGUAUUGUUGAGGUGCAAUAUGCAUUUUAGGAUGUAUUAUGUUAUUUGGUGGUUGUAUUGUUGGUCUUUCAGGCCAAACGUAGAAAAUAUAGCCAGAUAUUUACAGCAGCUGCAGUAGAGUUUGACGAUAGUAGAUCUUUCUGUGACCUAAAACUUCAGAUUUUGAUGUCAGUCCCUGCAGGAUCGGAGAGUAAAGGGACGUUUUACAGCAGUCGCACCGAGGGAAAUCCACUGUUCAUGGCUGAUGCCUGCACCACUUUACUCUAGCCUCACUGUAGACCAGAAUGCAAUGCAUUUUGAGUCCAGGCACACGACGCAUGUGUGAGCUUUAAUAAAAUCUCGGUCACAGUCUGUGCAAUGAAUUCACGGUGAAUGGUAACAGUACCAUGUCAAUAGAAAACGUACAGUAUACGCAAUCAGAGACAUCCACCCAUAUUAUGUGUUUGCACUGACCUGGAGUUUUGACAAUGCAGCAAAACAAAAAACAUACUUAUUUUACCUUUUCAGAAAUGGUGCCUACAACAUCGCAUCGCCCAGUGUAGACUGUCAUUUCAUGUAGUAAGAUCCCAUCAGUCCCAUUGUGACAAUAUGAUCCUAAAUGUACAACAGAAUUUUGAAGCGGGCCAUCUUGAGGCUGUCAUUUCUGUGAAUUCCCCCAAAAUUACACAUGUUUAUGUUCAAUUGACAAAUACUCAAGCAGCUGUGGGAAUUGUUAUAGAGCCAGAGAGUCUGCAUAGGAAGAAGUUUGGAAUGGAUGCGUCAAUAAAACGUCAGACUUUAAUCCAGCACUUUUCAUGUGCCGUUUCUCAUUAAGUAGACAUUGGCGUCAUGCUCCAUGAUCAUGAUCUUUCCCUAACCUUAACCAAGAUGAGGAAUGAGAAGACGUCAGAUCACAAAACGCUUUUAUGUAUCGUUCCAGAAAGCAGUUACAAAAAACUUAAUUUGGGGGACUUGUUGACAGCCUUUGGUGGCCGAAGACUUCACUAUGUUUCUCUCAUUGUUGUUUCAUCUACGAUAGCUCAAAAUAACUGGUGUACUGGGGCCUUUAGUGUCAUGAUUGUCACUGGAAAACUGCUGUUACCGUUUUACUCUCAGAUAAAAACAGCUGUGCAACAAAUUCUGGACAGAGCAGAAUAUUGUUAACUGAAGUAGUAGUUGAGCAACGCUGAGGGAAAAAUGUGUUCAUGUAAACAAUAAUUUAUCAACUUUAUUUAUUAAAUUAAUCCCAGAAUACAUUGCACAGACUGGUGUAUGAAUGGAAGAGGACUUAAAAAUCAUGAAUCACAGAAAAGCAUUCAAGGAGUAAAAAUCCGAACUUAAUUACAGUAUCUGCUGCAUCUCCUUCACUGCUAACAGUUCUAGACAGAUGACUGCCACAUUUUCACUGAAGUGUCUAACUGAGCACACGGACUGAAUGUACACACGUCGGAGCACAAGCGCUUUACUCGAUUAUCAGUUUUCAACGGUUGACCAAGUUCUCUGGGCCCAGCUGGUUCACAAAUAGACGUUGCUGCAAGUGACUCUUGAGUCGCUGGAUGUGUUUUGCUGCCUUCAUGACCUCUGACCUGGCUUUCCAGUCAGUACAGUUUUGGAAUCCCUUGACCCCGUUUGUUCUGUGUGAGUUACAGCUGCUGCUGUCUGUCGUCAGCUCAGGGGCAGCACAUACGAAGUAGAGACACACACACACUCAGUGAGAGUUCAUGCAGCGCUGAUACAGACACACCUCUCAUGAUAUCCACACACAUCAAAGACACAUACGGGGUUAAAACUGUGGUUUAAACGAAUACUGUAUGAUGACGUGUCGCAGUGAGAAUUAGUAGGAGUCGGAGUAGUACGUCACCUCUAGAAUAAAAAUAUAAGCAAACAGUUUUGUAAAUAUUUAUGUGAACAUGCAAUUUGGAUCCAAAUGUAAACAAAAGGGUCACGCCACUAAAAUUCAAACCACAGGAGAGAAGCCUUUUAUAACUGACUGGCAGCAGCCUGUUGCACCAGCUGAAUGUUCAUUUCACUGUAAGUUUGAGUGCAAAGUCAACAUUAACUGGUAUGUUGUAACCAGUGUUACUUAGAAAAUGUACUAAUUUACACAUCACAUAUUAUUCAUUAAUAAAGCAGUUACAUUACUAAUUACUCAACAGCAAAAGUAAUUAGCUACAUUGCUCAUUACUUUACUCAAAGGUGCUUUAUAACAACUUCAAAGUCUCCACAGCUGCUUCUUCAACACAUGUAGGAAAAGGAAAAAGAAGACAUUGUGGUUUAACAAGCAGCCAGCCUUGUUUGGAGGUAUUUACUGGCCAUCAACAGUUAGCUUAACGUUAGCUUCAUUGACUGCAUGAAGUCUCAUCCUCUCGGUGAAGCUGCUUUGUUCUCACAGGCUCCAAAUCUGAACAAAACCAGCUGAUUCCUGAAUGUAGCCUUACCAGUGGCUAACAUUAGCAAGCCAGCUAAGAAGACACAACACGUAUCUGUUUUGGUGUCCUCACACCUCCAGCCCCCACACCAAGCUAAUGUUACAGAGACCACAGAGACCAAACUGAAAUCAACCCUCCAUCAAACUAUCAGGAAGACAGCAAACAAGUCCACCCCCAGGCUUUCGAAGUAACAGAGCGUUACUAGGAUUAGUAACCUAGUCACUGAAUUUCAAAUUGUAAUCCUUUAUACUACCCGUUACUGAACAAAGUAAUCACAUUACUGUGACGCAUUACAAAAUGAACAUGUUACUGCCCAACACUGGUUGUAACUAGUUGGUUUCACACUAAACUUGCCACUUUAUGUAGUUGCACUGUCACUACAACUAAAGUAAUCAAAACCAGAGUUUAUGCAAGACUUUCUGACGGCCAAUAUGUCCAUUAAUAUUUCAGAAUUCCAUACAUAUUGUUUAAAUAGCCAUAUAAUAGCCUACAUUUAAACAGCAAUAAAACACUAAAACACAAACAUGAUCCAACAAAUGUAUUUUAGUCAGCAGAAUGAACUCUUCACAAACUUUGUGAACUGAUCAUACAGGCUAAAACAAUACAAUAAAACAAAUAGCCUUGCUGUUGUUAAUUAAAUGCAGCCUGCAGCUGCAGCUCCGCCACCGCCUCCACCUGCUGCGGUCUCCCUGAGCCCACCUCUCAUAAUGAAACUGGCUGCAUCAUGUGUCCACACUCAGCAUCUGCAGAUUCAUCCACACAGGAACCAAACAUACAAGGUGGUGAAAAAGUUAGUUUUGAACCCUGUAAGUUAAGUUAACUCUUAUGCACCCUGCUAUAAGUUAAACGCCUAAAUUUCCUCAGUCACCAUCAUCUCUUUAAAAUUUCUCACACGUUUUUCCCAUCCUCACUGGGGCCGGGGAAAAGUUAAACCUCCUACUGAUCAAUUACAUAUUAUUUAACCGUGGAGCUGCAGGCUGAUUAGUUUGUUUCAUUGUGCCAGUGCUGGAUGUAACAUUACCGGAGAGAAAACGGUAAGACUUUUCAGUGUCAUGUUAACUGCUGCAAUCUCAUGCCACACUUAGUCACAUCUGACCAAACACUCAGUGAAUCUCUCAAUGUCUUAACAGCAGAGGCAAAACCAAACUUUUGCAUAAUAAUAUAUAUAAGUUUGUAUUUAAGUUGUCUUGGCAACACAUCUUAUAGGUCACACGAUAUUAGGCUAUUUAAUACGUUAUUAAUGAAUUUAUUUAUUUAUUUAUUUGGCAAUCAGCAUAUUUCCCAUCAGACAUUUUGGCCAUUGAUAUUUUCAUCUGCCAGACAACUACACGUGAAACCAGCAAUAAGCCGACAUGUGCUGGCUAACUUUUUUUUUUUGAACUCCACACCCCCAGAUUGUUCUUAUAUUUUUUGUCACUCAAGGCAUCACUUGAAUGAUAAAUUACUGCUCCCUCUGGAGACACAAAAGGCUUUAUACAAUUGUUUUCACAUAUACAGUAGUGCUGAGGUGUUACAUCAGUGGAGUUCCCCUUCAAUAGUUAAAGGCUAUCCUGUGGAGGUUUUGACCACUAUCAGCACUAUGGAGCAAUGUUUUUACAAGUGAGUCCCAACUGGCAAACAAGAGCAGCAAUGUUUGAACACAGCUGGUGCAACAGCAUGCAGGUUUUUUGAUAGAUGCAACAACUACAUUUAAGUUGUUUUCAGUUUUUAAGUUUUGGCCAUUGUGUUAAACCCCAGUUGUAAUCGACAUGUCACAAAAAUUCUCAUACAUUUAUGUGCAAAGUGAUAUGACACAAGCUGAAAUAAAGAAUUUCCUGGAGCUAUCUGUCACACUCACAACACUAGAAAGCAGCAGGACCAGUCUGGUGAGACCUGACUGUGAAUAUUGUUGCUUUACAUGCGCGUAGAGCUUCCUGUUUUUGCAUAGACACUUAACAUUCCAUAAUGUCUUAUCAUUUACAGUAAAUAAAGUACGUUUCCGAGCUGCUCUGUAUCCUAAACAGCACUUGUUCUCACACCUUAUUACUGUCUGUGUUGUGAUACACUGGAACUCACCAUAAGGGAAAAUAAUAGCAGGCUAAACUAAAAGUAGCUUAGCUUUAACCAAAGUUAUGUUGUGAAAGAUGAGGAGUGAAACUGUUGUUUCAGUUUGUACUUUUGUAACUGAUGCAUGAGGAAGUUUUGUAAGAUGUUGUCGAUGAGUGUCAUCCAUUUACGUCAAAGGAAUUAAAGCACCAAAGUGGUCAAUCAUAUGGUUUCUCACAA